UCGGCGGCCCGGGCCUGGGACUGGGCGCGCCUGCCGCCCGCCAGCCCCGCACCCCGCUGGCGCUCGUGUGGACGCCGCGCCCGGCCCCCGACCCCCGACCCCAGCCCGGAGGGACGCGUUCCCGCGGUGGGACCCGCGGAGGCAGUGCCAGGCCGCAGAUGUUUGCCAUCCAGCCGGGGCUAGCUGAGGGGGGCCAGGUGCUGGGCGGCCUACCCCCAAGUCAGUCUGAGCCGCGGUCAAAUGGCAACUUCAACUUCAUGGCCCGUGCCAAGGAUGCUAAUGAGAAUUGGCACAAGAUGUCAGGCUCUGGGGAGCCCAUCCUAAUGAAGAGCUCGGAGGAGCUGCUCUCUGACAACCAGGGCUUCCAGGCCCCUGAACUCCCUGAGGGAGGCAUCCGCAGCCCACCCGAGGGGGCAGAGAUCCCCAGAGCUGACUCUGAGAAGAUGGGUGGUGCCGGCACAGUCUGCUCCCCUCUGGAGGACAACGGCUAUGCCAGCAGCUCCUUAAGCAUCAACAGCCCUAGCAGCAGCCCUGAGCCUGCCUGCGGGAGCCCCCCAGGCCGGGAUUCCACAGAUCCCCUCCUGCCCUCUGUGGCCCAGGCCGUGCAGCAGCUGCAGGCCCAAGAGCGCUACAAAGAGCAGGAGAAAGAGAAGCACCACGUGCACUUGGUGAUGUACCGUCGCCUGGCCCUGCUGCAGUGGAUCCGGGCCCUGCAGCACCAGCUAGUUGACCAGCAGGCCCGUCUGCAAGAGAGCUUCGACACUAUCCUGGACAACCGAAAGGAACUUAUUCGCUGUCUCCAACAGAAAGCAGCACCGGCCAGGCCUCAGGAUCAGAGCUAAGGGUGUGUCUCCACACAGGGGCACGGAGAUCUGUGUAUGUAGUUUCAGGCAUGUUUGCAGAUUGUGCUUAAGUCAUUUGAUGAGUAUUUGCAAGUAGUGUGAGCCUGUUAGUGUUAACGUGAAGGCAGGCCUGUGUAGGCAUGUGUGGGUGAGCACCUCUGGAUCAGCUCGUGCACACUGUGUGUACACAUCUGGACAUGCAGGCUAAUGUGGACAGGCCUCUGAGUGUUAAUAAAUGUAUAGCUUGUAAAAGUACAUUUAGGGCUGGAGAGAUAGUACAGGCAUUAAGGCACCUGUCUUGCAUGUGGCCAAUCUUGAUUUAAUCCCUGGCACGCAUGAUCUCCCGAGCUCCUCUGGGAAUAGGCUCUGUGCCCCCACCCUCAGAAAAAAAAAAAGAGGGAACACAUUUAUGUAUGCAUGUGGGAACAUCUACUCAACAGUGUGUGUAUAUAUGUGCAAGAGUGAGAAUGUAUGUGCAGGAGAUAUGUGUGCAUGAGAGUUCUAGUGUGUGGCCUGCACUGGUCCAUGUGGGAGUGGAGCCGGCAGGCCUCUGCAUGGGAGGGUGUGUGUGGGCAGGGUGAAGCCUGUGAGGUAGACGAGGAGCCUGUGUCACUGCAGGCGGGCUCCUCAAGGUGUCCAGCUGUAGAUGGGCACAGAAUGGAAGCAUAAAUCCAUGCACACUGGAAGCACAGACUUCCCCUCACACUCACUUUUUUUCUGCACUAGGGUCCCCCUGCUCCCUGGAGAAAGAAGGCAAACUGGCUGUCCUUUAUCUGAGGAUCCUGGCUGGUCCAUUCUCCUGGGAUUUACUUCCCAGCUGCCUUCCUUAUCCCUCCCCUUAUGCCUCCCAUCCAUUACUCUGCUAGAGCUGUGGUCACUGUUGAUGGAUUUGCUCUAGGGAGUUUGGUGGCUUCCCGGCCUGCUGUAGCUUUCCGGCCAUGCCUUAGCCAGGGCACACGGUGGAGAAUUGUCUCUCAGCUAUCAGCAUAGUAAUGGAGACCAUGGCAGGGCAACCCCAGAGAAGACACAGGGAAGUGACAAUGACAGACUCUGCAACGAGUAGGAGAGGGGAAUCCAGAGUACCUGUCCCCGAGAGGCCAUACCUCUCCACGCAGAGGAGCUGUUGCAAACCAUAUUGUUUUAAGCUUCUAACGAAAUAUGCGCUAAUGUGAUAUUUGAUGUUCAGUAUGUCAAUUAAAACAUUUUAAAAGAAAUAUGUGUGUCCAGACUUGUAAGGAAUAGACAAAGGUGUCCCAGAAAUCCCAGGAGAGGCUCUCGCUUGCUCGCUGUGCCCUCCUGCUGUGACUCUGGCUGUAGCAAGCAUGGAUAUUGAAUCAGUUUGUUCAUUGCCCUGGAGUCGGCGUCUGGACCAGGAGGAGCCUCUGUUUGGCUUUCCAGUGUCAGCCAGCCUCUGGAAGCUCUGAGGAUGCUGGCUCUACCCCCUUUUGUCACCGUGUGACCCUUGAAAUGGGACUGGACAGGCUCCAGCAGAGCCUUGAGAACCAACACAAGGUGGCUGAGUCCCCGCUUUGUGCCAGAGCCAAGGUCUGUGACGGGCUGCAAGGCUGUGAGCCGUGGCAGGCACGGAACUCGCUGCCGUGGCCUCUGGCCCUCGGUCCCCCAGCUGGGAACGCAGGGACUGUUCUGUCACCAGGAGCACCGCCCCUGAUGGCUGGGAGAAUGAACAGGAUGGGAAGCGGGGGACACACCAGCUCGGUACUUGGUGCCUGACUCUUCUUGCAUGUGGAGAAUGAACCUGCCUCCAGACCAACCAGGAUGAAUAAACAGGGGAGAAACGCA